AAUUCAAUUUUUUGUUUACACUGCUUAUUGUUGUGGAGGGAUGUAUAAAAUAUUGUGUAAAUACUGUAUACAUAUAAAUUUGUUGGGAGCACAUAAUAAUUGGAUUUGAUUUGCUUUGGUGAAAGGAAUUUAAAUGGAUGAUGAGUGAUUCUGAUGAUACAGAUGUUUUGCUCUUAAUUCCACCCGACCUAUUCCUUGUACCGUCAUCUUCAGAAUCUGAUGCUAGUUCUGAUCGAAUGAAAACAAAUUAUAGUAGUAAAAGAACUGGAGUAAUAUCAGAACUUGUGGAGCAUAUGCAAUCAUUAGAAAGCAGAAUUUCUGCUAUUGAAUCCAAAGACACUAGUUUAGAUGCUACUUUUCUAAAUAAUUCAUUGGAUUCACAAAUUGAAAAUAAUUCAAUUGCCAAAUUUAGGCAGACAUUACCUAAUAAAACUAAACUUUCUGUAAGUGAGAACUGUAGCUUACAAAACACACCUGUAAAACCUCGUCAAUCCUUAUCUGUUCCAUCAACCCCUAAUGGUAAUUCAUUGCCAAACCGUAUUAAUUUUUGUCAAAAUGAUAUAAACUUGGGGAAUCAUCUUUUUGUGUCUACGGCUACUAACGUAACUAAUGCUAAUAAACAUGAUGAAAAUAAGCAUGGUACUUUAAUAUCCCAGUCCUCUGUGGUGGUUUCUUCUGCUUGCAAUGUGGGUUUUCCGCAUGUUAAUGUUACAUCUUCUGGAGGGAAAACUUAUUCUCAUCCAGUUAAUUGUAGAAAUACAGAUAAUAUAUAUGUUAAGCCUUCUGUCAAUCAAUUGCGUUCAAUGCCAUCUACCUCAACUUUACUUAGCACAACAGAACAACCACAGUCACGUUCUAAAACUAACAUACCAGAAAUGGAGCUCUCCGAAGUUGAUGAGUUACUUCAAGAGAUGGAGGCUACUGAAUUAGAAUUGUCAAAAAGGAUAAACAGGGUUUCUAUGCAACAUUGUCUUAAGGAACAAAAUAAUGUAUUAACUAAUGAUAGUAAUGACAGUUUUAAGAAAGGAUAUAGUAAUAUAUACAAAAAUUCUGUAAAUCGACGAUUGGAAUUUAAAUCGCAAGAUUCAAAUGAAUGUCAUGAUGUUUUAUCAGUAAAAUCUAAUAAAAAAUCUGAUAUCUUUGCUGAUAUAUCCUUACCAUACUGUGAUUCAUUCCAUAUAAAUGAGACUGAUAAAAUGAUCUCAGAAUUUAAAACAUGGGAGCAAAAUAUACAAACUCAAGUUUCAAAGAUUGGAGAAGUAGAACACACAGAUACAAAUUCAAGCAGUAUUGAUAAAUCAAUUGUAAAAGCAAAUGAUGUACAAAAUAAGGAAAUAGUUACUCAACAAAUCCCUUUAAGUAUAGAUAAUGUAAAUAAUAUGAAUUCAAUGAAUGUGCAUAAUACUGAAGUACGUAAUAUGCAUAAAAAGAUAGAUGCUUCAUUGCAUGAUGAAUCAACACAAUGCAACACUGCAACAUCAAUAAAAAAUACAGAAUGUAAUGUAUUGCAUUUGGCAGAACCUUAUAAAAGUUUACAACAAAAUGGAAAUUUAGAACAUAUAAAACAAACAUGUGAUGUACCACUUGUUAGAAAUAUUGCUCAUGCCUCAACAAAUACAGAUUUUUUAUUAAGAAGAACUUUAACAAAUCCCAGGCUUUUGUCACUAUCAGAUUUUUGGGAAAAUAAUGGUAACAAAACACAAGAAGAAAUACAUAGAAUCAAGUUAGAAGAAGAAAAAUUUCGACGAGAGCAUUGUGAACAUUUAAUUCAAGAACUCCAAAAACGAUUGUUAGAACAACAAGAGAAAGUUGCGGUGGCACUUAGAGUAGAUAAUGAAAAAAAUGAGUUAAUAGUACAAUUUCAUAAUGCAUGGUCUAAAUUAAAACAAAGAGUGCAUAUAUUAGAAAAUGAAUACAGUACUUUACAGACAAAUUUUAAAAAUGUAACAGAAAAGCAUCAAUUAGAGAUUUCAGAAUUUCAAUUACAAAUCAAACGAUGUGAAGGCGAAUUAUCAAAAGCUUUAGAUCUUGCAGCUGGAUAUAAGGAAAAAAAUGAUAUUGCAAUGAAAGAAAAAGUAGAAUUAUUAAAAAAUCAUGCCGACGAGUUGGAAAAUUAUAAAUCAUUUGUACAAGAAGCUGAAAAUAGAUAUGAAAAAUUAAAAAUAGAGUAUGAUAAAUUAUUAGAAAAAAAUCAACAAUCUGAGGAAAUAUUAAAAACUCUUCAACAAGAGUUAGGAAAGGAACGAUUAAAAGGUGGAGAAGUUAGAAAUGAAAUGGAUGUUAUUCAUAAAGCAUUAGAUACUUGUGAAGCUGAAUUGAUUGUACUUAGGCAAGAAAAAGAAAACUUACAAUUGAAACUAAGAGAAGAAAAUGGUAGAAAUUCAAUUCUAGAACAAAAAAAUGCAGCGUUACUUUCAACUCUUGAUGAUGUUAAGAAAGCUGAGAAAUUAGCUAGAGACGAAACAAGAUUUCUUGCAGAGCAAAAAGAAAAAAUUAGAUGUGAAUUACAAGAAAUUUAUCAGAAACAAGUUGAUGAAGUAGUAAAAGUUAAAUUACAAGAGUUUCAAACUCAACUUGAUGUUGCUGAAUCAGAAUUUCUUGAAGAAUUAAAAACUAGACAACAAGUUAUUGCUGAAUGUGCAGCUAGAAAAAUUAAAGAUAUUAUAGAUAAACAUAAAUUAGAAAUAAAUUUAUUGGAAGAAAAACAUAAAGAAGAAAAAAGACUAUGUGAGCUUCAAUUAGCAGAAGCUUUGCAGAAGUCGUCGUUCUUAGAAUCGCAACUUAAUUCUCAACGUGCUACUAAAUCUCAGCUUGCAGAACAGCUUCACUCAGUAAUGCAAAAUCAAUGGCAACAAGCUUUACAAAUUAUAUCAGGUGGAAAUAUGGAAAAUUUGACACCGCUUCAAAAAAUCCAUGCUGAAAAAUUAUUCGAAUUAAGAAGUCCAAAAAAAUCUGAAUCGAUGCCAAAUUGUUAUACAAAGAUUUCUCAAGAACCAAUAAAAUUAACUUCGCACGUAUCAGAUCUAAGAAAAUUUUGUGAUCAAAACGAAUGUAUGAAUACAUCAAUUGAUGAAACCCCAUUAAGUAGUAGAAAAGAAUCAAAAGAUGAUCUCCGAAAAUAUGUGAAAAUGAUUGCCGAAAUGCAAAAAGCAAAUGAAGAAUUUUCAAAAAUUACGGGAAGUAUUUCUAGUCCAUCUUUAACAUGUAGAGAAGUACCAAGAAAACAUUAUUUGAGAAAGGAAUGUGAUAUUAGAGAUGAAAAUCAUAUUGAAUGGCAAUCUGUAUCAAAAGAAACUACUGAAUUCAUUCCAAUUUCACAAAAGAUAUCUACAAAAGGAGAGCAACAGAAAAUUAAACCUCCAUGGAAAUGAUUUUACAUAUAUAAUGAUAUAUUGUAGAUCAAUUCAUAAAGUGGACCAUAUUAAAAUCGUGACUAUACAGUGCAUUUAAUUAGACAUAUUUAAAAUGUAUUAAAAAAAUAUUUUUUACACAAAUGAAAUAUAUUUUUCAUUUUUAAUUA